CGCUCGCGACCAUGUAUCAUGAACGCAGCCAUGUUCACGCGGUUUUACAAAUCAGCGCCAACCGCCAAUUCACGAAUGAGUGUUUGUCUCUUUCUUCAGUGAUUGUUGAAUUUGACCGUCUGAGUUUAGUUUAAAUAGCGCAAGGAUGACUGAAGAAAAGACAAGUACGGAGGACAUGUGGACUCCUUACAAGGAACUCCAGAGUCUCGUCGAUCAAUAUAUUACCUCUGCACCCAGUUCCCACGAUCCACAAUACCAUGAAUUUAUGGAAGCGCUUCGCAAUCACCGACAGAAUUUUCUAAAUCUCCUAAGCAAUCCUGCAAAGAAUGCAAAGAGUCGUGAGGAAAUUAAAAAUGCAGUGACGGAGGGUAUAACUUUGCCUGGACUAGGUCACCAGGUUUUGUCCAAAGAAUUGGUUGACGAGACAAUUAUAUUAUCCGACAUGUACGAACUAAAUGAAUUUAUGGCUCUUGACUUACUCUGUACUGCUCAACUUCAAAUGCCGCAUCAUCCUGGAUUGACACGAGGCCUAACUGCUGUCCUUCUGUACUAUGACGGGAAGAAAGCUCUCACCUCAACAUUGAGGACUUUGGUUCAAGCCAGAAAUGGUCAUACUUGGGUUCUCGACACACCCGUUACGCUUACUAAGCAAAUUACAGAGUAUACCAACAAAAUGCAGGAAGACGGUCUGCUGGACAGGAUCCUGAACCUUUUGGAGGAUAUGGAUCCGACGAAGGAACAAGAACUGCUGCAGCAAAACAGAGGCUUAGGAGGAGCCAAGCAUCAUCACAUGGUCAUGCGUCUUUAUAACGGUGCCAGGCAGGAUCUUGCCGAUAUUUUAUACCUUUGGUCAGCUCAGUCAGCUUUGCCCAGUCACAUCACUCACAGACUUUUGUCGUUACUUCACAAUCGUCAUCCGGAGGCUGAGGAUGGGACUGGUGGCCCUGAUAAAGUCACGUUGGCAUUGAUUAUGGCUUUGCUCAAUUCUAUAAAUCUCAGCUCACUUCACACUAGAGAGGACGGUGAAACAAUUGUUAAAGCAAUGCCGCUUAUUGACGAUCCUGACAUGUUGCCACAGCUCGUAACCGAGCUAACUUCUGGUAAUGUAAAUUGGGAAAGUGCCGGACUUCGUGGUUUGAUUCAGUUUGCGCUAGCUAUUGCUAUAGCAACUAUAAAAUCUGCACCCAAUCUGUGUCCUACACAAAAUAUCACCGAAGAGGAUGAAAUUUUGGUGGAAGCUGCUCUGGCAAACAAGGCUUUUCAUUUUUUGGCUGAAGUUCUACUUCAAAGCUCUCACAUCCACAAUGAGGAAUUCUAUGUUCGUUACAUUCACACACUCAUCUCUGAUUUUAUACUACUCAUGCCUUUGAAGGUGAAAGAGUUGAGAAAUAGAGCCGACGAAUCAAUGCGUAUCGUUCAAGCCUAUCAACAAGAAGGCAUCGAACCUCCCAUGAACCUUGACAACCAUUUUGAGUACCUCAUGCUGUCUGUCGCUGAACUGUACAAAAAGGAUCCCCUCAACUUGAACCUUGCAAUGGAUUAUUGGUGUCAACAUUCCGACUCCUCUCAUAUGCCGAGCACUUUGCACGCGAGCCGAUUACCUCCAAGGCAAGUUGCUCUGUUCAAAUUUGUCAGAGUCGCCGGAGAAGUAUUGCCCAGUGGGCUAUUUGGACCCUACCUAAGAAUGCUAGCAUCACUUGCUUCUUCCCUACCAGCGGCUAGGCAAGCAUUCAACUUUCUGAAACUUAAUGGACCUUCGGGGGCAACGACUAUUUCCUGGGAUCAUUUUUUCAACUCCUUGAGUCGCUACUAUUUUAAUUUGCGACAAGAACUCCCACCUUCACAAGACACGGUAUACCGUCAAAGAAAUCAUCCCAAAGGUAUCACACCUCACGAGGUCAAAGGCUUGGAAGCUGUGCUUCUAGUGGUUCGGGUUGUUGCUUACUACGAUGAAGUUUCUCGAAUAGCGAUAUGCGAGCAUCCAGGCUGGAACGUCUUGCCUUCUAUUAUCGGUUUGGUGGGCUGUGCUAUGCCAAUUCCAUUAAAAGGUGCGUUAGUCAGAACGCUCGCAGCUCUGGCAAAAUCUCCGGAGAGUUCUUCCACCAUAUGGCAAAGUUUGGAAGCUGCGCAAAUACUGAGUACCGUACCAACGACCAGCAGUUACCAACCGAGAGGAAUUCAAACGGAAUUAGAAGAAAUUGAAUCUAGAAACGAGGAAUUUCCUUUGACCAGAGCAAUGUUGGAGCUUCUAGAUGUCCUUACUGAUUUUCCGAUACCUCGACUUCUGGGUGUUGGCCUAAGAAAUCCAGGCUUCGAUCCGUACUUACAUUUCAUAAUAAAUUCCGUAUUUUUGCGGUUUAACACACGGUCGUAUAAAAAUCCUGGGGAAAAGUGGGACGUGUCCGAUGCCUGUUUGAAAAUAUUCAUUAAAUUGAUAACACAGUAUGAGCCAACUAUCGAAGACUUUAUCGGAUGUAAAAUAGAACUACAAGGCGGUGAAUCGACUGUCAUCAAUCCUCCUCCUGGACACCAUUUGAUAACGUUGCUACACUCAAAUUCCGAGUUUCUACACGUCAUUCUGCUCAUACUUGACGAAGGAUGCCAUCUUUUGGAUACUUACGACGAUUUUCCUGGUAAAACAAGCCUCGAAAGCAGCACUUUGCACUGUUUGCAGAUAUUGGAGCAUGGAUUGGCAGCCCAAUAUCAUUACAUGGUUCAAUUGGCUGCAGCCAGCUCAACCAACAGAAUUUUAACAGGGCUAUCCCGCCUUUUGCUAGGUGUAAAUCCUCGCACGGGAAAACCAGACCACAUGAUUAACAUCGUUAAAUACAUAUCCUACAACUCAUGGCUCACUCAACACGCUUUUGUGUCAGUUGGCAUUGUUCAAGGCGUCGCCAAUGAACCUGGAGCAGAUUCAGAGUUACUUUCUACAUUCACGUCUACUCCUUCGUUGGCAACGACGAUCAGGCAUAGUUUCGUAGAGUGUCUGGAUUCUGACGAAAACUUUGAGCCUGAGGAAGAAAUUGGGAAUGAAAAACGAAGCGGUAAUUGCAAGGGCAGGAUUUUGUCCCUUUUGAUGCAGAGCAUAACACGCCCUGCGCCUAACAUAGCUCAUUACCUACUUGGAUUCGACAUCACUAAGGACAUAAGAAAAACUGCAAUUCAACAACCUGGAAUACUAGGCUUUCCGAGGACUUGUCUGCACUCUAUACUCGGGAUAUUGGAAUUAUCGUUGGAGCGUGGCCGUGACAAGAUUACAGAGGCUUGCUACUGGUUCCUUCACAUACUGGCUUCAAAUAACAAAACCUCUGUUUCCGUACUUCGGUUCCUUCGGACAGCCACCAAUCAAGAUUUCGUACAACGUCAUCUUUCCAAGCUGCCAUUCCAGGGAGCGAACAGAGCGACUGAGCUUGCCUGCAUGUCCUGGCUGCUAAAAAUAUCGGCAAUUGAAUUGCGCGUCGCUGGUGGCAGCCUUCAGAACUCCCUGAUUCAAAGACUAGUCGGCAAUCUAAUCCAUGACAGAGAUCAAAUUGUGCCAUCCCAAAAACUCCUGAUGGAUCUACUUCACUAUAUCGAUUUCCAGUUAAAUCUAGAUCCUCCAAAGUCCUGGGAAUACUUUGAUCCGUCUCAAAUUGAAAUGGUGUUGGGACGCUGCAGCAUUCCAGUUCCACUUGGUGGAAGUCCCCAGCUUAUAGAUAUCAGAAAACUUCACAAUCUUAUAACAGAAGAAUUGGCUGGUACGCAAACUAGCGCAACUGCGACUCAGCGUAAGCUUGUGCAACAGGAACUGCAAUCUAUCCUUGCAUACGCCUUGAAACGAAAUCAAACGAAAACCCUUUCUUACGCUACUGUGAAGUUCGUCGAGGGCUGGUGUCAAACAACUGAAAUUUUAUUCUCUGUCGCAACGAACCAGCAACUUCCCGCUGCUCAGAGGCAAAAUCUUCUGCUAAAUUUGUCACAUGAUUUACUGCAGAAGAUGACGUCUUGCGAAGCUUUGAACGAAAUCAAAACACUUGUAUCUGGAACCGUGCUCGUACUACUAGUAAACCUUCGUAAUAGCUUCUCCAUGCAAUCUGACGAUGAGCUGCUACCGUCUUCCGCUGCAAAUACAACGAUGAUGAAGAUUAUCCUUAGUCAUAUUCUUCAAUGGAUCUUAAAUUCUGGAGUAUCCUCACAAAAAGUUCGAACCCAUCUUUAUGGGGCACUUCUCAAUUUCCUCUGUGUAGUCAGUUUGGAAAGAUCGGAAGUUGUGACCAACAUGGAUUCCAUGUAUGUUAGUCAGUUGGAUAGUUCGUAUUAUAGAACUACGCCGAUACAGGAGCGUUCGCAUCGAUAUGCGACGAUACAAGUGAUCAGUAGUUACGGUAACAAGCUGAUGGAUAUAUUGUCCCACGAUUGUUCCGGUGGACACGACGUCUGUAAAAUGCUGUCAUUAUCGUGCCUCGACAAAAUUUUAGAAUUCGAUUGCAGCAAUACGUGGGUCACAUAUCUGGCUAGCAGAGGGUACCUUAAACACAUGGUAGACAGUCUUCUGGAUUCUGACAAUUUAUUGCGAACAAUGCUUCAACCAGAUCCACUCACUCUGCGGCCCCUGUAUUUAUACGAAUCAAAAAUGGCAACGCUCUGCAGAAUGGCGUCGACCAGACUGGGUGCCGAAUGUCUUCUGGAAAAUAAAGUCCUAUCUUGCUUAUCAAGCAUGUGUGUUUUCGAUCAGCAUCCUGACGUAAAUGUGGGCUUUGAAGGUGGAGAUAUAUCCUUUGUGCCUUCCAUAGGUCAGCGAUAUCAGCAAAUCUUCUUACCUGCACUUUAUUUGUGCGAUGCUUUGCUGACUACCCUUGGAACGGAAAAUCAGUCUUGUGCCAUACAAGUUUGCGGAUUUUUACAGAGUCAUCGAGAUACCGUUGAAAUGGUUUUACGGAAUGCAUCACCUCAUUCUAAUGUUCUGUUCCUCAAAGAAGUCGCCAGUCUCACCGGGGUCAUCGCAAGGUCUGCCAACAUUGACAUGUAUAAACUUGUUGACGAGGAAUUGGCCAGAGCCAACUCUAACGAACACAAAUCUGAAGAUAGUACAGGCAUGAGAGAAUUGCGAGCCCAUCUUUAUAGGCUCCAACGUUUGAUGCUCUCCAUGGUCUCCAGAUUUCAGCCACAACUGCCUCCCGUCGUACCUCUACAUCAACAAAUGGAAGCUACCCAACAACAUUCGUGCGCAAUACAAAUUGCUGCCAACGUUAUGCUGUACACUCGUAAUCAAAUGGAACACACCCGGAUGGAUCAGAAAAUAAAAAACGUACUUUUUGAACCUUAUUUAACAGACAGACCUGGGCUUAGAGAUGGAAGAGGAAAAGAUUCCACUGGUGGAAUACAUUUGGGUGCAAUUAUAGGGCAACUUGUUUCUUCUACUUCGUUACUUCACUCAGAACUGCCGCAUUUAGACACAAUGGUUAAAAAUGCUUCGAUUAUAAAAGACAUGAGUUCAAAUGACCUUAAAAAAUACAUAACAGAAGAGGAAGGUGAAUUGGAUAUUCAAAAACAGCGAUUAAUAGCCGAGAAAAGACUAGCGGAAGAAGCGCGAUGCAAACGCGGAGAUCUCAAGUACUGUUCAUUAAUCGUGGAACAUAGUCUGUACAUUUUAUGGAGUCACUUAGACUUCUUUGCCAUGCAAGCAAUGACGCGUCACAACAGAUCUCAAGUGUCUUCGAGUAACUUGGAUGAAACUGUAGUCUCGUGGAGAAUAUCUGCAGAAAUGUUGUCCGAUCUAAAGCAAGGGCUUGUUUCCACCCUGUCGGACAGUUUUAUUACCCAGCUAAUGGACACACCAAGAGAAUUCACUGCGACGGAUCGAUCUUUUAUCGAAGCAUUAGUUCGACGGAUCAAAAGACUCUUGCAGUUUAUUAUCACCAAGUAACAUUGUAGCAGUAUUUUAUUUAGACAAAACCAAAUCUGAAUUCCAGUCCAAUAUCGCCGCAUCGAAAAGCUUAUGCGAGACAUAAUCUUCUGAAUCAUUUCUUAUGUAUUAAUAAAAAAUAACUUGUUAUAUUAAA